AUGUCUCGCUAUAUAUUUUCCAUAAUCACCCUUCCUUCUCUCUUUGGAUUUGCCAUUUCCUGUCUUUCCUCCAAGCAUGCUGUGGCUCGAAGACAUGGAGACAUCAUGAUUGGAGGGAUAUUUUCCAUUCAUGAUGGAGUUAAUCAUUUAUUGGAGCGCCCUUAUGCUGAUGAAUUCGCCUGUGAAGGGUUGCAGUUACGAACCAUGGUCGAUGUCUUGUCCAUGAUCUAUACAAUCGAGAAGAUUAACAAUUCCCCUCUAUUGCAAGGAAUCAAACUGGGCUAUGAGAUCUAUGACUCGUGUUCUGACCCCCUCAAAGCUGUUCAGUCAGCAUUGAGGUUAUUGCCAGAGAUCUUCGAAAUAAACAACUCAACGCACUGCAAUGGAACAGAGGUCAUCCCAACCGUUAAAGCUGUUAUAGGGGAGGUGUUUUCUGAGAAUUCCAUCGCCAUUGGAAGAAUACUGAGCAGUUACUUCAUACCACAGAUAAGUGGCACAUCAUCGGCUGACAUUCUAAGUGAUGAAAUGAGAUAUCCAUCUUUUGUUCGCACCAUUCCGCGAGACUAUUUUCAAACUCGAGCAAUCAUGGAUCUGAUCAAAACAUUCAGAUGGAACUGGAUUGGAAUUAUUGCAAGCGACGAUGAUUACGGACACUCCGCUAUCAAUUCUCUGAAUAUGCUUUUUAAUGACAGCGGAAUAUGUUCUGACUUUUUGUGGACAGUCCCAUCCUACGUGAAUAAUCCUUCCAUGAAGUAUCACUUAAACAAUGUCAUCAGUGAUGUCAAGACCAGUACAACCAAGGUGAUAAUCAUCUUUGCAAAGGGCCCUGUUGUAGCUGAGCUAUUUAAAGAAGCCAUCCAUCAGAAUAUAUCUAGAACUUGGAUUGCAAGUGACAGUUGGAUCAACUCCAACCUAGUAGCCAGUAUGAAAGGAAUUGAAAAGGUGGGCACAAUAUUUGGAUUCAUGUUUAGGAAUGGUCUAGUUCCUGGACUAGAAGACUAUCUUAGAAACCUUUAUCCCUCCAGCAAUGGAACAACAAAUGAGGUUCUUGAUGAAUAUAAAACACUUCGAUUUGGAUGCACAGAGGAGUAUAGAGAAUAUCUAAAGUGUUUGAACUCUACUUCCAAAAAUUGCUCUGUUCCUGAAUUAGAGGUGGAUAAAUCCCCCAUAGCCUGCACAGUAGAAGAUGUCUUUCUGCAAAAUGAUGAUUACUUGGUACAGAAUAUAGAAACUGUAUAUUCCACAUCGAUGGCUGUUACAGCUGCAGUUCAAGCGCUGAAGAAUACAUACUGCAGAAAUGGAACUUGUGACAAGAAUCUCCAAGUCUCCCCGCGUGAGCUCCUUGCAGAACUAAAGAACAACAGCUUUAGCUACAAUGGUGAAACCUUCCACUUUAAUUCAUUUGGUGAAGUGCUGUGUAGCUAUGAUUUGAUCAAUUGGCAAAUCAAAAAUGACAAUGUUAAAAUGAUCACUGUUGGGCAGUAUGACACAGUCAAUCAAAAUAUAACCAUCAACCAAAGUCUUCUUGUUUGGAACAACGCCAACAGCUCGGUCCCCUUUUCUAACUGUACAGCAACAUGCAAGCCUGGAUAUUACAAGAAGCAUUCAUUUAUCACCUGCUGCUAUGAUUGUCUUGCGUGUGCAAACGACACCUAUUCUCCUAUGCCUGACAUGACUGAAUGCUUAAAGUGUCCUUCUCAUCAGUGGUCAACCAAUGGAAGCUCACAAUGUGAAAAUAAGACAAUUCAAUAUUUAAAGUGGAAGGACCCGUUCGCCAUAACAUUGGUGACUUUUACUUCAUUGGGAAUUAUUGUCGUGCUCCUGAUAGGAUUGCUCUUUGUUAAAAAUGCCAAUAAUCCUGCCGUUAAAGCAGCAGGUGGCUACUACGCAUACCUCUUGAUGGUGUCGCUGAUAUGCAGCUCUGUCAGCAUUGGGCUUUUUGUUGGAGAGCCAAAUCAUCUAAUCUGCCAGAUUAGACAGCCAUUGUAUGGCAUCAGCUUCACCAUCGCUGUUAACUGCAUCCUAAUUAAAUCUAUCUUGAUCCUCAUGGCUUUUGAGUGUGCCAAAAAGGGAAAGCGGAUAGGUAACUUCACCCGCCAUCGCUCUGUCAUUGUCGUUGCUGUAUUAACCGGUGUCCAGGUUGGUAUCUGCAUAUUGUGGCUCAUCCUCAAAAGCCCCUCUGUUGCAACCGAUAACACCAUACAUCAAUUCAUCCUCCUGUAUUGUGACGAAGGAUCUUACGUGGCCUUUGGCAUCAUGUUAGGCUACAUUGGGUUGCUGGCCUUUACUUGCUUCCUUCUUGCUUACAAGGGGAAGAAACUGCCAGAAAAAUACAACGAGGCUCGAUGUAUCACCUUCAGCAUGCUUGUCUACAUGUUUGUCUGGACCCUAUUUAUCCCUGUGUACAUGAACUCCAGGGGAUUGUACCUCUCUGCUGUGCAAAUCGUUGCCAUCCUGUCUUCUGUUCUUGCAGUCAUAGGCUGCCACCUCUUACCUGCGUGUUAUGUUGUAGUGUUCAAACAAAACGACAGGGUCAGCAGGAAUAAUGGCACCAUUGCCUUCUUUAGAGAUAAAAUCAAAAAGUUUUCCAUUUAUAGAAAUACAUUUUCUCAACAGAACUCACCAUCUAAUGGAAUCCAAAGCACCCCAUCUGAAUGA